CGUUGGGUUAAACGCUCAUGGGGCAUCUUCCUUUUCCUCCCGAUACUCCAAAUCUCUGUCAAAGGCACAUCCGGCUUCAUCCAUUUCCUUCUCCCAUUGGUAGAACUGCAGGAAGUGCUUGAGAGAAACGGACGGCGAGCGCCCCACCAAGCUCUCUUUCUUUGAUCCCUUCUUCCGUGUAGGCUCCGCGAGGUAUUCGAGUGUGAUGCCAUCCUCGUCGAGCUGCACCACUUUGACAGUGUGCUCGCGAUUGAGCUCCUUGCAAUGUCGAAUUCGGAUGACAUCGUUCAAUGACGGGAAGAGCAAGUCGUCCUGUUCAAGGUCAACAGCAUCGCUCACACGGUUCUCGUAAUCUUGCACAAGCUCAUCACACGUGAGGUUGUCUUCGUCCUCCCAGGUCGCACUCGAGCGGGGCCACCAUCGCCACUUGCACUUGUACUGUACCUUGCCCUCGUGAUUCCUCCUGCCAAUCACUGCUUCCACCUCGUGUUUCUCGACAUGCUCAAAUCGGUCAUCUGGCUGAAUGUCCUUGAGGCUCGGAUCGGUCGCCACCGGGUCGAAUACAUCAUUAUUUAAUUUCCGAGCGGCCAGCCGCUCGCUCUGCGUCCGUGCAGUCGGCACAUGGUCUUCACCAACAGCAAACUUCUUCAACGAAUCCUCCUGGUCGGGAGUCAGGAAUGCAUCCUGAUUGAAGACCGUCUGCCGCCUGUCUCUUCUCAGUCGUCCAUCGGGCACUUCCAUGGUGUCGUCGGCGUUCGCAUCCUCAUCAAACGCUGAGGUUGCUGCUUUCAAACGAUCGACAUUUGUACUCUUUGCCGUGCUAGUGCCGCAUGGGCGUACUUUGUAGGUGACUGGUCCCGUCUGGCUCUCAACGAUGCCGACCGUUCGCCACGGUGAGGAGAGCUUCUUGCUGAGACCUUUCGGCACUUGAUUGUUGUAUAUCCGUACCCUGUCUCCCGGUUUGAAUUCCCUAGGUGGCGGUAAAUCUCCUUCUCGUGCAGCCACUCGCUGCUUGGCUCUGUCCAUGUUUAUACGGGCCUUUUCAUGAAUGCCUUGGAUGCCUUCGAUUAUUAUCAUGACAGCAUCAUGUGGAUCGAUCGCCCUCGCUGCCGUCUCAUUCAUCCCGACAAGUCGUGCAGUACUGCCAGGGUGCACUGCCUCUCGCCCAGUCAGCAUCUUGAAGGGUGUGAAGCCAGUCGACUCAUGCUCUGUUGUUCGAUACGCAUACAGGACCAGGGGAAUCACCCUAUCCCAGUUGGUCUGCAGCUUAUUGAGGUAUGGACGCAUUCUGUCCUUCAAGGUCCGGUUGAAGCGCUCAAUCAUGCCAUUCCCUUGCGGGUGCUGUGGCGUCGUCGUGGUGUGUUUGAUUCUCAGCCUGAUGGCAACUUCACGCAUCAACUGAUUGACGAAGUGCGAGCCGUUGUCAGUGAUGAUCUGCUCGGGGAGUCCAUGUCUCGCGACAACCUCCAU